AUGGGAACGAUCAACGAGUAUAACGAGGCACAGGUGCAAGGCAUCAUGCCUGACGGCAUGACACCUGAGAACAGGGUAUUUGGUAAAUUCUUUACCAACGUCGACGGAUGUCGACAUCUGAUGAAACAAGAGCAAGCAAUUGCUUCUGGUGGCGCGGUACUACACGCGCUAGAAUUGAACCCGACGUGGAAAACGGCGGACCUCGACAUCUUUAUGUCGUCGCGUAAGCUGAGCAAGCAGGGCUUGCUCGAGUGGCAUCAGUUUCUUCGCAGCGAGGGAUACUUGUUGUCGAAACGGACGGAAACAGCAUACGCUGGAGGACGCGUGAGACUCACGCUUCAAUAUCAAGAUAUUGUACUAAUGAAAAUAGUGUUAUGA